AUGUCCAAAACAGCAAAGAGGAAAGGGCCAUCGGCGUCUCAGCAUGUCCAGCAUGGCUCAAAGAGACAGAAGGUGUCGCAGUCGACCAAGGGUCAAGCGUACCACGGGCCGGCCAUACGUGGAGACGCGUUGAAAUGGAAAACAGUCCCACUGCCGACGAGACUGGAGGAUGCUGAGGGUUUCUUUGGUCUCGAGGAAAUCGAUGAUGUCGACGUCGUCCGCGACGGGACCACUCACCAUGUGAUGUUUCGCCCCAAAUCAUUAGCAGGCGUGUAUGACAACCCAAGCAGCAAACAGUCCGACGAAGAAUGGCAAGGUUUCGAUGAUGAAAGCGCAGAGACUGAGGAAGUAGAAUCAAAGCCGAUCGUUCGACCAGACUCUUCAAAGGAUAUUUUGCAGUCUUCCAAAAAGGGCAAAGACACCGAAAAGCGGAAACCGACGAACAAGUCCAGACGAGAGGACGAUGUUGUCCCCAAUAUGAAGUUUGAUGUCCUGCUGGAGAGCCUGGAAGAUCCCAAGAUUGACGUGUCAGCUUGGAAAGGUCUUGAUCUGUCUCCAACAAGCCUCUCCCAACUCUCCCGACUUGGGUUUGCUCGCCCGACGCCCAUACAGGCCGCCAGUAUUCCGCCGAUCAUGCAAGGCCAUGAUGUGAUUGGCAAGGCUGUGACCGGGUCAGGGAAGACUCUGGCGUUUGGCAUUCCGAUUUUCGAACAUUGGCUUUCAAGUGAGAAUGCGGUGUCGAACGCAUCGGCAAAAAGCAAGGAGUCUAUCCUGGCUCUCAUUCUUGCACCCACCAGAGAGCUCGCGUUGCAGCUUAACAGGCAUCUGAAUGAACUGUGUAUAGGUCUAGAAGACCAUCCCAAAGUUGUUGCUGUGACGGGAGGACUAUCCAUCUACAAGCAACAUCGACAGCUGGAAUACGCCGAUAUUGUGGUUGCGACUCCAGGGCGAUUGUGGGAAGUCAUGAAUGAUGCUUCUAACGACCACGAUGUCGAUGGGUUGGUUGACCGUCUAAAGAAGAUUCAAUUCUUGGUGGUGGACGAAGCCGAUCGAUUACUGAGCGAAGGCCACUUCAAAGAAAUUGAAAAUAUCCUUGACGCCUUGGACCGGAAGAUCGUGGACGAGGAAGAGGACCAAGACACCGCACAAGGGUCGCCAAAUUCGACCAGGCAGACCCUUGUGUUCUCGGCUACAUUCCACAAAGGCUUGCAUCAAAAGCUCACAGGCAAGCUCAAGUCAGCGAGUCGCAUGAACAGCAGCAAUCUCCUCACCAACCAACAGUCGAUGGAGUAUCUCCUACGAAAGCUGUCAUUCCGCGAACAGAAGCCAACUUUCGUGGAUGUGAAUCCCAGUUCGCAAAUGGCAGAUGCACUUGCCGAAUCAGUCGUGGAAUGUCCUGCGAUGAAGAAGGAUUUAUUUCUCUAUACUCUGCUAAUGCAACAUCCCAACAAAAAGACGUUGGUUUUCACAAACAGCAUUUCCGCCGUGAAGCGAGUGACGGCAUUGCUCCAAACCUUGAAGCAACCUGCAGUGGGCUUACAUUCGACGAUGCCACAGAAGUCACGGUUACGAUCCUUGGAGAGAUUUGCCGCACAAAGCAACGUUCUGGUCGCCACAGAUGUUGCUGCUCGUGGACUCGACAUCAAGGGAAUUGAAGUGAUCAUUCAUUACCAUGUACCCCGUACAGCCGACAUGUAUGUCCACCGAUCUGGAAGGACUGCUCGUGCAGAGAUGUCAGGGCAAUCAAUCUUGCUGUGCUCGCCGGAUGAAGUGGCUGGCGUGAGAAGACUGAUUGCUGAAGUGCACAAGGAUGACGGGGCCCUGGAAACAAUUCAACUAGAAGGGCGACUCAUGCAAAGCCUGGAACCACACGUAUCGCUCGCACAGAAGAUCACUGAGGCAACCCAGGCUAAGGAGAAAACAGCAACUAAAGAAGACUGGCUGCGAUCUGCUGCGGAGGAGUUGGGAGUGGACUACGACAGCGAAGAGUUCGAAAGUCAGGGGCAGAGAGGAAAGCGGGGGAGAGGGGGUGGAAGGGUAAAGAAGGAAAAGGGCCACGCUGCAAUUAGCAAAGACCAGCUCGCUCAAUGGCGGACUGAGUUGGAUGUUUUGUUGAGAAAGAGGAUUAACCUAGGGAUAAGCGAGAGAUAUCUCGCUGGCGGCCGGGUCGAUGUUGAGGCAUUGCUCCGGGGACGGAUGGAUGGGACAUUUUUGGAAGGCCGCUGA